AUGGGCGCUUAUAAAUAUCUUCAGGAAAUUUAUCGUAAAAAACAAAGUGAUGUUAUGCGUUUUAUAUUUCGCAUACGUACAUGGCAUUAUCGCCAGUUAGCCGCUGUUCACCGUGCACCAAAAGCUACACGUCCAGAAAAAGCACGUCGUAUGGGUUAUAAAGCAAAACCGGGUUAUGUUAUUUAUCGUGUGCGUGUUCGUCGUGGAUCACGUAAGAAACCGGUGCCAAAAGGACAAGUAUAUGGUAAACCCAAAACACAGGGUAUUAAUCAAUUAAAAUUUCAACGAUCAUUACAAUCGGUUGCUGAAGAACGAGUAGGACGACGUUGUUCAACACUACGUGUUCUGAAUUCAUAUUGGGUAGCACAAGAUGCGACAUAUAAAUUUUAUGAAGUUAUUUUAGUCGAUCCAUUUCAUAAAGGUGUACGACAUGAUCCAAGAAUUAACUGGAUAUGUAAACCAGCUAAAAAACACCGUGAAUUACGCGGUUUAACGUCAGCUGGAAGAAAAUCGCGUGGACUUGGAAAAGGACAUCAUUAUUCACAAACAACUGGUGGAUCACGAAGAAAGAACUGGAAACGUCGUCAACAACUCAGUUUACGAAGAUAUCGUUAA